AUGAGCUUCACAUUUCUAAGAUACUUUAACCCUUUCCACCUCCUCUCAACGACGACUCGGACUACAGAUCUACCAGAGAAGCCCGAUUCAAAGCCACCAGCUUCACAAAAUGCGUUGUCAUUUGCUAUGAGCAGGAAAGACUCGGUAUUGAGAUUGGCUAUGCAGAGGAAUAUCCUGCCUAGGUGGAUCUACCAGACCCGAGCUGGCGGAUUGCAUGAGCUGCGCGUACAGAAAGCGCUUGAGGAAGUGUACUCGGAUAUGACAAAUCGCUUUGGUGUCGAGGCAGCGUUUGCAGCACGUUCUGAGUGGCGGUUCGACUACGAGAGCGAGCGGUGGUGGCUGUACUUGAACGUUCCAAAGACGCAAGGAUGUUCUCAUGGAUCUCAGAGAGAGAGUCUAGGAGAUGGAUAUGCGGUACCUUUGUCACUGCCAGCCUGGUGUUUGCCCCAUGGUGAGAAAAAGCAGGUUGAAGUGCAGGAGGCUGCUUGGGAGGGGGAGUGGGCGUUGAUCAAUCCAAGGUGGGAAGCUGAUCAGGCGAGGAAGCGGGAAGAGAAUGAAAGGAAGCGGAUGGCCGACGAGAAGGAGGCUGGUAGGGUCGGGGUCGCGUGA